AUGAGAAUGAACACGUUACCAGUUGAGCGCACACCGUACAUAAGUAAAUUUGAUCUUACAAAAGGGAAAACCCAAAAAAAUAAAUUGAAGAAAAAGAGAAAAACUGGGAGCAUAAUAGACGACUCAUCCCUGAAAUGACCGCACUACAGCAACAGAUUUGGAACGGGCCACAACCGUUACCGCUCCAUGUCUUGGUAUAUCUACCCUCUAAUACUGCUGUAGAGGGCAUGAUAGUUGUGCUGAAGGGUUUAUCGCACGGCUCGAGACUGAUGGCGGUCAAAAGUCGAGAUGGAAGUUUGAGUGGUCAAUCUUGGGGCGUUGGUGGGAAGGCACAAAAGGGAAACAUACAAGUCCCUUAGAUGAUCGACUCCAGACGGCUUGCUGCAACUCUUCCUCGUCCUAAUCCUUUCCAUUCAUUUUUCCCUCAUACCCUCGAAUAGGCCCCUGGUCGUCCGGCCUUCAUCGGAAGAAGGGCACCGAUUCUUGAAAUAGUUUUGUCAACUCGCUCGUCUGUUGCGCGUUGUUCAUGAGCAGAUGACAUCGGGCAUUCUGAGUUUGGUCAACUAGUUUCAGUUUCAAGAGGCGAUAUGGAAUUAAGGACGCGGAGUUCGCAGUUGUGAUUCUUCUCGGUGGUUUUCCUUUAGUAGAGAAACAGCUUCAAGGUAUUU